UGGUGGUUGGCUCGUGCUCAGGAAGUGGAAAAAUCUGAUUCUGUCUGUGCCCACAGCCAGUUAUGAUCACCAAAGUUCUGGAAGCAGGUAACCACACAGCAACCAUACAUUUCAUUCUUCUGGGAUUUCCAACACGGCCAGCCUUCCAGCUUUUCCUGUUCUUCGUGUUCCUGGCAACCUACCUACUGACUCUGCUGGAGAACGCUCUCAUCAUCCUGGCCAUUCGCGGUGACAGACAACUGCACAAGCCCAUGUACUUCUUUCUGAGCCACCUCUCCUUCCUGGAGAUGUGGUAUGUCACUGUCAUCAGCCCCAAGAUGCUGGUGGACUUCCUCAGCCAUGACAAGACCAUUUCCUUCAAUGGCUGCAUGACUCAACUUUACUUCUUUGUGACCUUUGUCUGCACAGAGUACCUCCUCCUCGCUGUUAUGGCCUUUGACCGCCACGUAGCCAUUUGUAAGCCACUACGCUACCCAGUUAUCGUGACCAACCAGCUCUGUGGUACCCUGGCGGGGGGAUGCUGGCUCUGUGGACUCACAACUGCCACGAUUAAGAUGGUUUUCAUAGCCCGACUCCACUACUGUGGCAAACCUCACAUCAACCAUUAUUUCUGCGAUAUUUCUCCGCUCCUCAGCAUCCCCUGCGAAGAUCCCUCGCAGGCGGAGCGAGUAGACUUCUUUCUGGCCCUCGUGGUUAUUGCCAUCCCUCUUUGUGUGGUCGUGGCGUCUUAUGCCACCAUUCUCAGUGCCGUCCUCAGGAUCCCUUCUUCACAAGGCCGCCAAAAGGCGUUUUCCACCUGUGCCUCUCACCUGACUGUUGUCAUUCUCUUCUAUUCCACAACCCUUUUCACCUAUGCCCGCCCCAAGCUCAUGUACACCUACAGUUCCAACAAAGCGGUAUCCGUGCUCUACACGGUCAUCGUCCCCCUCCUCAACCCCAUCAUCUACUGUCUGAGGAACCGGGAAGUAAAGGCAGCCCUCAAGAAGACCGUACUGUGCAAAGGAAGUCGUUCCAGAGGGGAUGUGGCUUUGAGCAAUUAA